AUGGUCUCAUCUACGGAAGGCAACUCAGAAACGUGGCAGGCGGGAGACAACUCUCAGCGGCCCCGUAGGAGGCUACUGAAGCGUAGCGAGGCACCGCAACACCGCGCCAACAAUCCCUACAUCGUAGACGGCUACCUACCCCCGCUGUCACUCCGAGGAUGCCUCCGAAGUUUGUUCUACGUACACAACGAGACUGGCAACAUUAUAACGCACGCCGUACCGCUGCUGUUCGUUGUGUUGCAUGGGCCCACGUGGCCGUCGCUGCGUGGCCUGAAUGAACCGCUGUUGUCGUGGGCCGUGCUAGUGGUUAUGGCCAUGCCGUGGGCCGCCUCCACGCUCUAUCACAUCUUCAUGUCCCACCGCGGCGGGAAGUGGGUGUACAGACUGCUGCUAGCUAUCGACGUGGUGGGUAUUUGCACAGCGGUGUGCCUUGGGGCUAUGCCCCACGUGUAUGUGUCCACGCUGGGCCUGGGUAGAGCGGCGGCGGCGGUUGCAGUCCUUAUCUACUGCCACGCCUGCCUCUACUCCCUAAUUCGAGCAGUCAAGGCAACAAACGCAUGGGACUCCCGCACCUGCUUCGCGCUGCCCGUGCUGAUGGUGACCGCCUGCUGGGUACUACGGAUCAGCCCCUGGGGCGAGGGUCAGUGGGAGGGAGGCGUAUUCGUACCGCCGAUGCUCGCCUUCUUUGUGCUGGGAGGCCUCGCGGGGGCGACUUUCGUGCCUGAGCGGUGGGCGCCGGGUUAUGUGGACCUGGCGGGCAACUCUCAUCAAAUCAUGCACCUGUUGGUGGUGGCUGCGCAGUACUGCAUGUUCCGCGGGGCGCUCACGGACCUGCGCUGGCUGCUGCAGCGCCACUCAAACCCCAUGCACUGA